AUGUCGGGUGUAUACAAUCCUUCAUCAACCUGUUCAACUCCAAAAUCUAAAUCUGUUACUUCUGAAAUGGUUAUGGAACGACCUCAAACACCAUCCGGAAGUUGCAAUCUAUCAUCGCCUACAACUCCUCCGAAUUGUCUUUUACCUCCAUUAGCCCAUUUGGCUAACGCUCCUAAACGCUUAUCUCAGCGUAAGUACGCUCGACCAAUAGCUGUGAUUCCCAUGAAAAGCUUAUGA